AUGCAACCAAUGUUGUUAUUUGUCUUUGCAUCUGUACUCUUAUUCUAUGGUGUUGAAGGAAUUGGAUUGAACUAUGGAUUUUUGGGUAACAAUCUACCACCACCAGACCAAGUCAUCAACUUCUUGAAAUCGAAAAAUAUACAAAAAAUUCGAAUUUUCGACCCGAACCCCGACGUGCUAAAAGCACUAGAGAAAUCAGCUAUUUCAGUAAUUCUUGGUACUCGAAAUGAAGAUUUACAAGCACUUGCAACUGAUCCAACAUUUGCAACAAAUUGGGUACAAAAUAACGUUAUUCCAUAUGCUUCUCUUCUCGAUUUUACACACAUUUCAGUAGGUAAUGAAGUGAUACCAAGUCCAUUAGCAAGUUACGUAUUAGGAGCCAUGCAAAAUCUGGACGCAGCAAUCAUUGCCUCUGAUUAUUACAUACCCGUUACAACAGCAAUCUCUUUACAGGUUUUAGAGACCUCGUAUCCUCCUUCGAACGGCACGUUCUCCGAGGAGGCCGCGCAAUACCUACAGCCCAUUGCACAAUUUUUAGCUACAAAAUAUUAUCCUUUAUUGAUUAACGUCUAUCCAUACUACGCUUAUUCUGGAAAUUCUGCUCAAAUUCAGUUAGACUAUGCGCUUUUUCUAGACACGGCUAGGAUUGUGCCUGACGGAGCGUUGCAAUACAAAAACUUGUUUGAUGCAAUGGUUGAUUCGCUGUAUGCUGCUUUGGAGAAAGUUGGACAGUCUAGUUUAAACGUUGUGGUUGCGGAAACAGGAUGGCCAAGUGCUGGAGAUGUUUAUGCAACUAUUGGAAAUGCUCAAACUUAUGUGAAUAAUGUGAUUUCACAUGUUUCAUCUGGGCAAGGAACUCCAAAGAGGCCUGGAAAGGCUUUGGAGACGUAUAUUUUCGCUCUCUUUAACGAGAAUCAAAAGUCUGAUGGUAUAGAACAAAAUUUUGGUUUAUUUUAUCCUGAUAUGAAUGAGGUUUACCAUGUCAACUUUAAUACCCUAGAAUAA